AUGAACACCAACAACAACAACACUAGCCACAAUGAUAUUGUUCCUGAGGGAACAAUCACCACAGAUUCAGUUUCAAACGAAGAAUUACACAAUACAACCAAUAACGAUAAUGUCAAUGUUCAAAGCUAUGUUGGACCUAGUGAUUCAGUCGAGUCUGGUAGUAACACUGCUGAUGAAGAAAAUGAAAUUAAUAGUUUAAAUGCACAAAAUGUUAAAGAUUAUGAAGCUAAUAUUGGUGGUGGUCAAUUGCCUCCUGAUGAUGAAUUGAGUAGAAUUGAAUCUAGUACUGAAUUAUCCAGAAGAGCCACCAGAAGUAUAAUGAAUACUGAAAGUUUAUUACGUUCUGCAUCUCAAUCGAGUAAACCAUUACCACCAAUGGGUGGAGGUAAAGAAUAUCCUCCAAUGCUUGGUUCACGAGAUCCUUAUGUUGUUGCCUUUGAUGGUCCAGAUGAUCCCGAUCAUCCUCAUAAUUAUCCGACUUGGAAAAAAGUAUUAUAUUGUGCAUCAGUUGGUCUUGCGGCAUUGUCAGUGUCUAUGGGAUCAGCAAUGUUUUCUCAAGCAAGUGCUGAUAUAAUGGCAAUUUAUCAUAUUGGUUGGACUCCAGCAACUUUAACCACUUCAUUAUUUGUUUUCGGGUUUGCUUCUGGUCCAGUUAUUUAUGGUCCAUUAUCAGAAUUAUUUGGAAGAAAAUUAGUUAUGGUGCCUUCAUGUUUAGGUUAUGUGUGUUUUUCAUUUGCUGUAGCAACGGCUAAAGAUAUUCAAACAAUUAUGAUUUGUCGAUUUUUCGCAGGGUUUGUUGGUGCUGCUCCUUUAGUUGUUGCCCCCGCAGUUAUGGCCGAUAUGUUUAAUAAUCGUUAUAGAGGUACAGCAAUUGCAAUUUUCUCCAUGUUAUUAUUUGGUGGACCCAUGCUUGCACCAAUUUUGGGAGCAUUCACGGUGAAGAAUAGUACCUUGGGUUGGAGAUGGACAUCAUAUUUUUGUGGGAUUAUUGGUGCUUUGGCAUUAUUUAUGAAUACUUUUUUGUUACAAGAAACUCAUCAUCCAUUGGUUUUAACUCGUAGAGCUGAAGAAUUGAGAAGAAGAACUGGUAAUUGGGGGAUUUAUGCUCCACAUGAAGAAUUGACUUUAAGUAUGAAAGAAAUUGUGGAAAAUAAUAUUGCUCGUCCACUUAAAAUGCUUUUCACAGAACCAAUUUUAUUUUUGGUCAGUCUUUAUAAUGCAUUUAUUUAUGGUAUGCUUUAUUUGUUUUUAACGGCUAUCCCAUUGAUUUUCUUGGGUGAAUAUCAUUUUGUUCAAGGGGUUGCUGAAUUACCAUAUUUGUCGAUGUUGAUUGGGAUUUUAAUUGGUGGUGCCAUGAUUAUAUUAUUUGAAAAAAGGUACAUUAAAGCCAUGGAAAAUAAUGGUGGUAAAAUCAUUCCAGAAAAAAGAUUAGAACCAAUGAUGGUUGGUGGAUUCACAUUUGUUAUUGGUAUUUUCUGGCUUGGAUGGACAGGUAAUUAUCCACAACAUGUACAUUGGAUAGUUCCCGUCAUUGGUGCUGCAUUUGUUGGUAAUGGAUUAAUGUUGAUUUUCUUGCCAUGUUUCAAUUAUAUCAUUGAUUGUUACUUGUUAUAUGCUGCCACUGCCUUGGCUGGUAACACAUUUAUUAGAUCAGCAUUUGGUGCUGUUUUCCCACUUUUCGCUAGACAAAUGUUUACCAAUUUAACCAUUAAAUGGGCAAGUACACUUUUAGGGUGUAUUGGUAUAUUACUUUUACCAAUGCCAUUUGUUUUCUAUUAUUAUGGUAAAUCACUUCGUCAUAAAUCCAAAUUUGCUUUCGUUUUGGAAUAA